AUGGUGUUUACACCACGUAAGCGCCGGUUUCCUGGAGCGGCUCCGGGCUCGGGGGUGAUCCCGCGCCGUGACUCACAGCCCGGUGUGCGUAAGCGCUGCCCCAGCGCUCAGGUCCGGGGGCUCGCUGACUGCUACGGGCUGCGGGUGCACACGGACGGAGCACGGCUGUUGAACGCAGCAGUGGCCCAGGAUGUGGAGCCAGCUCGGAUCACCCAGCACUGUGACUCUGUUACCCUCUGCUUCUCCAAGGCUGGGGUGCGGGCGGCCGCUGCCCACCUCGGGCUGCAGCCCGCGGAGGUGACGCUGCGCAGAGACCACAGCAAUGCCCGACGCUUUGCCAAAGGCAUCAGAGGCAUCCAGGAGCUGAACUUGCCCCUCUGCUCUGUCAACCUGGCGGCGGUGGAGACCAACAUUGUGAUGGUGAGCAUCAGGGAGGGCUGGCUGUCCCCCACAGAGCUCUGUGAGCACCUGCAGGUAGUGAGCAAGGAGGAGAUGGCUGAGACUGGCCAGGCUGUCAGCGUCCUGGUGUUCCCCUGGUCAGCACACACCGUGCGUGCCGUCUGGCACCGCGACGUCUCGGCCCACGACGCUGAGUUGGCAAAGAGCAAGUUGGAGUUUGUGGCCAGGAAAUGCCAGCAGCAGCUGGCCCUGGACCUGCACCCGACUCCCCCAAGAGUAGGGGGGCCCCAAUAA